CAUGUCAAAGGAUAAAAUUAAAAUAGGAAGAUAUUCCACGCAGAGAACAGAGCUAAAUAAACUCUGUCACGCUCAAGCACAAUAUCAUAAGUUAAUCGUUCCUUUUUUACCGCAACAUAGUGACGCUCAAGAUAUUACAAUAAGAUGUAGUCAGUCUUUUUCAGAAUUUUUCAUAAGAGAUUUGAAUGACGAAAUAGAAAAUUUUGACCUGUUGAAUCAAAUGGCAGAAAAGUCAUUAAAGGAAGCGUCAUUUGAUAGACAAGAGUUCUUCGAUAUUUACGAUGUUACAGGAAUAGAAUUGGACAAUAGACUGACACACGCUCAAUUUUCUGAAGAUAUAGCAGUCGUUUCUUUAAAACAUUUCUUCAGAUCAAUUAAGUGUUUGCCAGGGAUGAAUGAAAUACCGAUGGCAGACUUUUAUCGGAUUGUUUUAAGUAAUUACGGUGAUUAUUAUCUACUACUUUCAGUUAUAUCGGGAAAUCAUUGGCAAGACGACACGCUUAUAAUGAAUAUAGAUAGCAAACAUUCUAUGAUUAUGGAUUAUACAGAUUUCAUUAAAUUAUGCGAUUUUCAAGGCUUGAAGAUUCAACAGGAACAUGAUAAUCGUAUUACCGAAACUCAUCUUACUUACGAAGAAGCAACCUUUCUGGUUGCAAUUCAUAUGCUAAAUUCAGCACAAAAAUUCCCCCAAUUGGAAACUCUUCGAUCCAGAGUCAUGUUAGCCUUUAUAAGAUAUCUUGAAUGUAGAUACGAUAAAAAUCAACAUUUAAGAUUUAGCGAGCUAAUAAAUUUAGACAGUUUUUUAAAAGAAAAGCGUUACUACAUGAAAAAGUGGUUGAGGAAACAUAAACCUCACAUAAAUAAACGAGAAAGUAACAAAGUUUUUAAAGCUUUCUUCACAAUGGAAAAUAUAGACGAAGCUGCUGCAUUGUUACAAGAUCUUAAACUUUAA